CCCCAAACACCCGCUCUUCGGAUAAAAGAAAAAAUCACAUGAAAUCAACGAAGCAAGCAUCUCUUCCUUUCUCCAAAUCCAAGAAAGAAAUCUUUCUUUAAACCAAAGUGGCCAAAGAAAAAAAUUUAAAAAAAUCUAUUAAAUCGCCCUUCCGGGACCCAACUCUCCGCUCCAAACGUCUCUUCUCCCCAAGAAUGGCGGCGCAACUUAGCACCUCCGCUCACGCUAACAUGCGCGGCCCCCGGUUCCCUGUCCCGUGGAGCACCCGAAGGCGCUGGUGCUCCGCCCGCCGGGCCCACUCCUCCGCCAAUGGCGACUCCUACCUCGACAUGUGGAAAAAGGCCGUCGACCGCGAACGGAAGUCCCAGGAGUUCCGCCGGAUCACCGGCAGCACCGCCGAGGGCCCCCAGUGGGGGCUCGCCGGCAGCGAGGGCGAGGACUCGCUGGAGCGGAAGACGGAGCGGUUUGAGAAGAUCCUGAACGUCCCCAAGGAGGAGCGGGACCGCAUCCAACGGCUCCAGAUCAUCGACCGCGCCGCUGCCGCCAUCGCCGCCGCACGCGCCCUCCUCCAGGAGCCCCCUCCGCCUGCCAGGCCGCCGGCCGCCGCCGGUUCGCGAUCAGACGGCUUGGAUCGCCCCAAAGUUCGGGACGCCACCUCUGGAGUAGCUCCGGGACAGCAAGGAUUGCAAGGUGGAAAUUCAACUAUAUAUCAACCAGAAACUUCAAGGCAGGGAACACCUGGUCCAGAUUUUUGGUCAUGGUCACCACCCCCAGACAGUCAAAGUAAAACCAAUGAUGAUGUUACUAGCUCGACGCCAGCGCAUAAAUCAAGUUCAUUUCCAAAUCCAUCCAGUUCAUUGAUGGAAAAAGAACACUCUGUAGAUUUUUUAGCCAUCCCUUUCGAGAGUACCUUAUUUGAAAGCACACAUCAUGCCCCUCUUCCUCCUCUUCAGUCACUUGGGGAGUUUGAAAAAGUGGACACAAAGACUGCUUCAGAUAUGCCUACUGCAGCCGAGGAAAGUAAGCUUGAUGUGCUAUUCUCAACGCGUGCAGCUGAGGCUGCCGAAGUCCUUGGUAACAGCGACAAAGCAUCAUCACAUGGAGUGAGUCCAGAUGGUUCUAAGUGGUGGAGAGAGACAGGUACAGAACAAAGACCCGAUGGGGUGAUCUGCAGAUGGACAUUAACUCGAGGAGUCAGUACUGAUGAAACUGUUGAGUGGGAAGACAAGUUUUGGGAGGCAGCUGAUCAGUUUGAUUACAAAGAGCUAGGCUCAGAGAAAUCCGGGCGUGAUGCAGAUGGAAAUGUUUGGCGUGAAUAUUGGAAGGAAUCAAUGUGGCAGGACCUCGGUAGUGGGAUUGUGCAUAUUGAGAAGACCGCAGACAAGUGGGGAAAGAAUGGAAAGGGUGAUGAAUGGCAGGAAAAAUGGUGGGAACACUAUGAUGCUUCUGGCCAAGCUGAGAAGUGGGCCCACAAAUGGUGCUGUAGAGACCCAAACACGCCAUUGGAGGCUGGGCAUGCUCAUGUUUGGCAUGAGAGGUGGGGUGAGAAGUUUGACGGGAAAGGCAGUGCAAUGAAAUACACCGACAAAUGGGCUGAGCGGUCAGAAGGUGAUGGGUGGUCAAAAUGGGGGGACAAGUGGGACGAGCACUUCGAUUGGAAUGGGCAUGGAGUGAAGCAGGGUGAGACCUGGUGGGAAGGGCAGUAUGGAGAGCGCUGGAAUCGCACGUGGGGAGAGCAGCACAAUGGAUCUGGAUGGGUGCACAAGUAUGGCAAGAGCAGCAGCGGUGAGCAUUGGGACACUCAUGUGCAGGAAGACCCAUGGUAUGAGAGAUAUCCGCAUUAUGGCUUUGAGCACUGCUCUGAAAACUCUGUGCAGCUCCGAGCAGUUCGGAGGCCUUCUGAAACAGUGUAACCUACAAAUCGUUCCACAGCCAUCAAAUUGGCAUAAAUUUUUAAGCUUUUGCCUUUGGUCGAGCUUAUCACCUUUGUCAGCAAAUGAUGUGUGUUCUGUACAUCUUGAUAAAUCCUGUAACAGACCCAGAGCUCUCGUUGGUUAGAGUAUUUCUUUAUCUGCUAAUCAAUAGGAUGAAGCUUGUUCUUGUUCAUCUGAAUCACUGAAUGUAGCUUUUAUGCCAGAGUCCAACUACCUGUAUAUGGAAUAUAUUUGCAUAUUUCCUUGACUUCUCGAACUCAGUACAUGUAUGUCUCAUUUUUUUCUGAAUAUGAAAUACAUAAUACGUUGAAAGCAA